AUGGCCAGGGUGGCCCUUCUCGAGGCGCGGCCUAUGCGCUGCCACAGAUGCCUCGAGAGGGGCCACACGAGGGCGACGUGCCCCGGUGAGGUGGACCGCAGCGGGAGGUGUUAUCGGUGUGGAGAAGCCGAUCACACCUCCCGCGGCUGCCGGUCUGCCCCGAAGUGUCCGCUUUGUACGGACAAGGGCAGACCGGCGACACACGUGCUGGGUGCCAACACCUGCACCCAGCGCAACGUGCGCGGACGCCCACCGGGCGCCCAAGGGAAGGCGUCGACCACCGGGCCCCCCCCGGCUGAAGUUCAGCCAGUGGUGGGGGAAAAGGGAGGGUCGAGCGGCGGAACGGGCGAGACGCCCAAACCGCAGCGCCAGCCGCGCCAGGAGGCGCGCGAGGGAGGGGCCCCCGUAGAGGCCCCAUCGGACGGGGGGGAUAAGGCCCAGUAA